CUCCAACCCGGGCCGAGCCUCUCGCUCCGUACUCACGCACACACGCAGCGGCGCAGCGAGAGAGGAAAGAGAGAGAGAGAGAGGCAAAAACGACACCAACGGGCGGAUUUUUAAGUGCGGCCACCUCCAUCCUCCCCGUGUCCGCUAGCCCCCUCCUCCCUCCGUUGGUCUCCGCCCACCCAGAGGAAACCACCCGCCCCCGGUCCCCGGAGGAAAGCUUCGGCCAUGGCGGCGGCGGCGGCGGCUCGGAGGGGAUGCCUGGUCGCGCUUCUGGCGGUGCUCUUCUUGGCCUGCGCCGCUGAGGGGGGUGCGGCGGCGGCGUCGGCGGCGCAGCAGCAGCAGCAGCUACGGCGGCGGAGGCAUCUGCUGCGGCGGCAGCGGCAGGUGCACAGCCACCUCAGGCGGCUCAACAAGGCGCCCCUCGCCAGCAUCGAGAGUCCUGAUGGAGACAUCAUAGACUGUGUGCACAUCUCCAACCAGCCUGCCUUUGAUCACCCUUUCCUCAAGAACCACACUAUCCAGAUGAGGCCUGAUUACCACCCAGAAGGCCUGUAUGAUGAGUCCAAGGUUGCAUCACAGCAGAACACCCAGACAAUCACCCAAAUGUGGCACAAGAACGGCGUGUGCCCGGAGAACACCAUACCAAUCAGGAGGACCAAGAAGGAGGAUGUCCUAAGGGCCAGCUCCAUCAGGAGAUAUGGCAAGAAGAAGCACAAGAGCACCCCAAACCCCAUGUCUGUCGACCCUGAUAUGCUCAAUGAGAGUGGCCACCAGCAUGCAAUAGCAUAUGUGGAAGGUGAUAAGUACUAUGGAGCUAAGGCUACCAUCAAUGUGUGGCAGCCAAGAAUUGAGCAGGCCAAUGAGUUCAGCCUGUCCCAGCUCUGGAUCUUGGGUGGUUCCUUUGGGCAGGACCUUAACAGCAUUGAAGCAGGAUGGCAGGUUAGCCCAGAUCUGUAUGGGGACAACAACACUAGACUCUUCACCUACUGGACUAGCGAUGCGUAUCAGGCAACAGGAUGCUACAACCUGCUGUGCUCGGGGUUCAUACAGAUAAACAAUCAGAUAGCCAUGGGCGCUAGCAUCUCCCCACUCUCCAACUAUGGUGGUUCCCAGUAUGAUAUCAAUAUUUUGGUCUGGAAGGACCCAAAGGAGGGCAAUUGGUGGUUGCAGUUCGGUAAUGACUAUGUGUUAGGCUACUGGCCAUCCUUCCUCUUCUCCUACUUGGCAGACAGUGCCUCCAUGAUAGAGUGGGGUGGUGAGGUGGUGAACUCGGAGCCUGAUGGCAGCCACACCUCCACACAGAUGGGCAGUGGCCACUUCCCUGAGGAAGGAUUUGGCAAGUCCAGCUACUUCAAGAACAUACAAGUGGUGGAUUCAUCAAACAAUCUUAGGGCACCAAGUGGUAUUGGGUCAUUCACUGAGCAAUCCAACUGCUAUGAUGUGCAGAAUGGCAACAAUGGUGACUGGGGCACAUACUUCUACUAUGGAGGGCCAGGGAAAAACCCAAACUGUCCAUAGUAGAAAUGGAAAAAUUCUAUCCAUGCCCCUAACAAACCCUUGACACCUCUGUAUUAUGCAGUAAAUUAGUUUACACCUCUUCUCUUUUUCUCCUCUUGGUUUUUGUUUUGGUUUCACCAUUUUCCCACCAGGUUAUUAACUUCUAGGUAAGUGUUUGACAUGUGAAAUUUGUUCUCUUCCUCAGAGAUGUUGGUCUGGCUCUUGGGAGGAGUGCGGUCAAGUUUCUGAAGAGAAACAGGCCUGUUUGGUUGGUUGGUUUGUGCACUUGUGCCUCAUGUUUUGUCAAAUAUUUUUUGUUUUCUCCCAUGCAUGCCUUCAACUUGAUUGUUGGAGCCUUGGAGGUACUGCACUUGUUAAGUUGAAUUCAAUUAAUUAAGCUGUUGGUGCAUGUGUGUGGCCUUUGGUUAA